GAAAUGCCGAGGACCCCUCAAACUCUUGCGGUGCAAACUGACUGCCUUAGCUGUGACCACAACGUAUUUUUUCCAACGAUUCGCGCAGACGCAUACAGUCGCCAAAUCUCACAGGCAAGUUCUUCUCCUUCGUCCUGCCCUGCUUGACACUGACCGCGUCUCUCUGCUCGCUAUGUCCUGCCAGACUUUAGCCCCUCAGUCGUCUGCCCUACGCCCACGGGCACUCUGAUCCAGAUGUCGCUGCACCAGCACCAUCCGUACAUUCAGUACGCGCCAGUCAUGCAGCACUACGUGCCUCCACAAUCGCCAGCCCAUCCGCAGGUGACUCAGCAGCAGCAACAACCACCACCUCAGCAGACUCCGACACCAGUUCCACCAGCGACGACAGUCGCGCCAAAUGACACGUAUACACAGCAGCACGCGAACGCGAGUCCAACCCAGACUCAGACUCAACUGCAGGCCCAAGCUCAGAACCAGAACCAGUCAACGCCACUAAUUGCACAAGGAGACUGGACGAAGAAUUUGGUUCACCUAGCAAAGACAGCAGAACUGAAGAAACACGCAUUGACUCUGCAACUUCACACUGCACACAUUCUUUCUGCUCAUAGCCAGCUCGAAGCGAAGAAUAAGGCGUUGCAGGAUGUAAAGGAAGAGAAGAAUAGACUGGAAAGUGAACGAUCGAGAUUAUUAAAUUGCCUGCGGCAAGUCAAUGAGGAUCGAGAUAAGACGGACUUAUGUGAACAGACAAUAAACAAGGAGAUCUCAGACCUACGUGCAAAAAUACAGGCCAUCACCGAUGGAGAAUAUGCCGUUGCGAAACGAGAAGUCGACGCACUGCGGGCAGAGCUUGGACAACCCCCUAUGCCAAGUUUACAACAAACUCUCGAGGAGAAGAAUCAAGCUUACUUGAAUGAGCGCCGGCUUAAUGGAGCCCCUGCUAGCACAGAAACUUCUACACCUGUGUUAUCGGGCGCUAAACGCACGAUUUCGGAACCUGCUGCGGCUGAGACCCCGACAAAACGGCCGCGGGGCCGUCCAAAGGGUAGCAAGAAUAAGAAGAACUUGACGGCCGUAGGUGGGAGUACAUCCGCUGGUGCUGGUGGGGACGCCGCAGGCGAGUAGCCAAAGGACGCCCGACAAUCCACUUUAGAGUGGUCGUUCCUGUGCAAUCAUCUUGCACGUAGAUGUCGAUACAACUCUUUCACUAUUGCACAUUCUUCUGAUUGCUGCAUUCAUGUCUUUCCAACUCCGCUUUUAUUUGUCGCUAUGUUUUACGUCGAUGUUUAUUCUCUUUACUCACCGCUCACAUGUGUAUUGCUCCACUCAUCCCGUUUUUUAUGUGUGUAUUGCUUAUGAUUUUCACUCAGAAGCCCCCUCAUCUCCGACAAUAGCAUGCUUCUGCACCUACAGUUUGUAGUGUAUACCCACUUGCUACAGAUGAUAGAUAAAUACACGUUGUUCUUCAUGACGUACCAUUUAUUGGCUUGCAAAU